AUGACGGGGAGCCGCGGCUCGUGGCUCGCGUGUGGCUCGGCCGCGGCUCCCUAUUUUGAGAGCCACGCAGGGCCGGGGGGGGGGGGGACUUUGUACAAAGAGGUGGAGUCUGUUGCUAUUGCCAGGGCCUGGGACGCGGUCACGACGGAUGCCAUAGUUGGCACGGAUCAGAUCAACGUAUGCUUCUGGAAGCGCGUCCUGGCGGUAUACAACGGAUUCAAACCGCCAGGCAGCGCCGAGCGUACACACGACCAGGUCCGGAAGAAGUUCGGCAAGAUCACUAAAGCUCUCAAGAGGUUCAUUAGCAUAUACGAGAACCAAAUGCGCACUGCUGAGAGCGGCCGCAGCGAAGCCGACAUAAAAGCAUUGUCGAUGCAGUUGUUCAAUACUGAAGGCUUCCCCAAGUUCAGCUAUUGGGAAGAAUUCCUCGUUCUGCGGGACUCCCAGAAAUUCAGAGCAAUCUGCGAGGAACAGAGUGCUCCUGGUGCGAAGCGUACAAGACUCGGCGUCUCCGGCAACUACAGCAGUAGUAGCGGCUCACGUCCCUUCGACCUCAACGACGAUGUGAUGGAGGAGCCCCCCUCGUCACUCUCCUAG